AAGUCGUUUUGAAGUCAUCUCUGCAGAUAGAUAUGAAUGCUGUAAUUAAAAUAUUCCCAAGUGGAAUUAGUUUGCAAUUGAAGGAUACACGAUUUGAUUUUUAGUGGCAAUUCCUUUUAAUUUCACAAGAACUCUACUCUUCUUCUCCAGAUCCAGAUCCAAAAACUCACUCUCUGCCUCUUUGCUUUGAAUCAGAACUUGUAUUUGGCAAAUUCAACUUCUUCCAGGUUUGAUUUUGGAAGUAGAGAGGUUAGAAGAAGAAUGGUGAGAACGCCACGAAGAGGGCAGAGAUCAAAGGGAAUUAAAGUGAAGCAUUGUAUUCAAUUGACUCUGUUGCUUGGUGUUGGGAUAUGGCUGAUUUAUCAAAUGAAGCAUUCACAUGAGAAGAAAUCUGAGUUUGAAGAGAGUUCAAAGAUUGUUGUUGAUGAUCAUCAAGUGGUUAAUCUUGCUAGGAAAGAUCUUAAACCGCCGCGUAUUGAGGAGUCGAAAGAGGAAGAAGGGAGCAAGAAUGGAGGAGGAGAAUCUGGUGCUGAUAUGGAGAAUGGCGAUGAGAUUGUAGAGAGGGAGGAGGAGAAACCGGUACAAGAGAAUAACGACAAGGAAAUUGAAGGUGGAGAAAGUGAGAAGGUGGUUGAUGAGAUAAGUAAUGAGGAAGCUAGGGAGAUCAAUUACAAAGGAGAUGAUGCGUCGAGUGAGGUAGUGCAUGGGACGGAGGAGAAGAGCAAUGGAAAGGUUGAACUUGAGGAAGAGAGGAAAUCGAACAGUACUGAGAAUGUCAAUUUUCAUGAAGAUGAGUCGGGUCCAAAGAAUGAAGUAUUAUUGGAGGGUUCUGUUAUUAAACAAGUUUCUUCAAACGAAACUGAGAAUGGGGAUGUUGGUAGUGAUGCUGGUGAGCAACAAGAGACAAAGAGUGAGUCGGAUUCAAAGACUGGUGAGAAGGGGUUUUCUGAUUCUAAUGGUGAAUUGCCUGAGACUAACCAGUCAACUUCCAAUGCAACUGAAACUACAGAAUCUUCUGGGAGUGAUGAGUCGGGAUCGAGUGGGAAAUCUACUGGUUAUCAACAAACGAGAAACGAAGAAGAUGAGAAGGUACAAUCUUCUGAAGAGGAAAGCAAAAUCAAAGAACCCGAGAAAAAGGAGAAAGAAGACUCUUCAUCUCAAGAGGAAACUAAAAAGGAAGAAUCCGAGAGAAAGGAGAAAGAAGAUUUCUCGUCCCAAGCUGAAAGUAAAGAGGAAGAACUCGAGGAUCAGAAAAAAGAAGAGUCUUCCUCUCAAGUGGAGAAUGAAAUCAAAGUUACCGAGAGAAAGGAGAAAGAAGAGUCUUCGUCCCAAAAAGAGAAUGAGAACAAAGAAACCGAAAAAGUGUCUUCGGAAUCUCAGGAAAAGGAAAACACUAUCAGUGAGCAGAAAAUCGAACAGGUGGAAUCUACUGGUUCAGAUUCUGAUAUAAAGAAAACAGAGGAUGAUACUUCAAAAACAGAGCCGGAGAAAGAGGAAAUCAACAAAAGUGGUGAAACAGAGGAAACUCAAAACGAUCAAGAACAGAGCAAGUCCACUUUGGAUAAUAGUCUCACUCAAGAUGUUAAGGAUGCUCGAACUGAUCUAGAAGCUCUUCCUGAAACCAGCAAUGGAUUGACCAGCGACAAAGUUGCUGCUGAGUGAUGUUUCUUAAACAAGUGAAGUUGUCAUGUAUUGUAUGCAUAUUCUAUAUACUUUUCAUCAAAUGACGGGACUAAGUCCCAAUCAGUAGUAUUGAGUUUUUCAUAGUAAUCAAUAUAUGUAUACUCUUUCUUA